AUGGCCAUCAUCGAGUUUUUCUACGAUAUUCAGUGCCCCUGGGCUUAUAUUGCUUCAAGAAAAAUCAAGCUAGUAGCACAGCGAACAAAUGCUACCGUUAAAUACACGCCAGUUUUGCUGGGUGGUAUUUAUCAAGCUGUGAAUGCUCCUCAGGGCAAAGAUGGAAGUGCAACGGAUGUCAUGAGUCCUGCCAAAAAACGUUUGACAAGCGCGUCCUUGGCUCGCACCGUUGAUACGUACAAGUUGCCGCUAAACUUUCACCCCAAUCACCCUGUACGAACGGUCAAUGCCCUUCGGUUGCUUCAUGCCGUCGACCAAACUUACCGUCCUCAACUCACCGAUGCCUUGUACCAUGAAUAUUGGGUGAAGAACUCGGAUAUUAGCUCUGAGCAAACAUUGCUUGAAAUUGUAAAGUCUCUGAACUUCCCAUUCAAAGUCUCUCCAUCCGUGUUCCAGGAUGCAAAGUACCAAAACGCUCUGCGCGACCAAACAAGUCGUGUAGUGGAAUUAGGCGCUCCGGGAGUACCGUAUUUCCAAGUUCGUAAAGAUGAAAACGACAAGAAUGGGCCGGUGUUUUGGGGACAGGAUCGUACGAUGUUUGUAGAAGCUUCUUUCUUGGCUCUUCAAUCUGGUUUGGAUCCACUAGACUGGGAAAAGACGCCUAACCUCGCAAGUAUUUUGGAAUCCAGAGUCAAGCAACCCAUGCCAAAUGUAGCAAAGGGCAGAAAAUUGACGUUCUACUUUGACUUCUCGAGUCCGUGGGCUUACAUUGGCUUUACUCAACUAUGGCGGUUCAAAGCACUUGGGUGUGAAAUAGAAUACGUCCCAGUUGUAGUUGGUCCUCUUUUCCAAGCGGUUGGAACUCCAGCAAUACCGCUGAAUGCCAUGAGCGAAAGUAAGCGCCGGUGCCUUCUGGAAGACAUGUCUAACUGGACACGCUUUUGGAGAGCUAUUAUGAAGCAAGCUGGCCAUGAUGCACGCAAGGUUGAUGAGACCAUCCAAGUAAAUUGGCCUGAUAAUUUCCCCAUCCGAAGCAUAGCAGCUCUUCGCAUCGCCCAAUUAAACCCAGCCAUCAUUGAUUGCGUCUACAAAGCAGCGUGGGUUGAUAACAUAAAUCUUUCCGAUAAGGCUGUCCUCAUCAAAUUGCUGAAUGACAAUGGAUUCGAUGGCGAAACGCUCGCGAAGGAGGCGGAUGCGAACAAGGGCAAUGUUAAAGAACGCAUGUUUGAAAACAACAAGAGGGCAAUCCAAGCUGGCUGUUGCGGUGUGCCUUCCUACCAGAUUGACGGCGGUGAAGUACUAUUUGGACAGGAUCAAUACCAUGUAAUUGAGGAUAGCUUGACUGCCUCAGCCAAACUCUAAGUGAUUGAAAAUACCACUGAAAAACAUCGCAAGGACAUGCAUGAUAUUGAACAUCAUAAUUCCCUGUGCUUUACAUGUGAGGCACCCAUUGUUGUAAGAAGUAACAAGGUCAUAUUUGUCUUGUUAUUACCGGACAACCAUAUCUAGUUUUUUCAAGUUAUAAUUUUAUACCUCCAUCUAUCUGU